AUGCCUCCUAGACGGAUAACGCGGAGGUCGGUGGUGUCACCUUCGCCUGCCCUUUCCGAUACAGGCACGCCAAAGCCCGGAAAGCGCGGCACUUUGAUCCCUGUUGAGCAGGUCAGGAAUCAAACGCCCACCAGAUUCAGUCUCAGUUAUGGCUCCUCACUGGUGGCUAUGCCAGACAGGAACAAAACCGCCGCAGGUACUGAUCUCGAAACGGCCUUCGCCGAGAUACACGAAACUGUCAGGACCGACAAUAUCAAGGCUGAGGCUCGCCGUCGAGAGCUUGAUGCGCGUAGGGGUAGCACAACUCCUGGCCCCAGACGCCCUGACCCAAUUGAGGAAGAAACCGAAGAGGAGGAGGAAGAGGAUGAGGAAGUUCAGGAAGAGAAGGAAGAAGACGACGACGACAACCAAGGUGGCUACUACAAUGACGAGGAAGAAGAGGAACCCGAACCAGACCCGCCCCGGCGUGCUACGAAACCAGCCCAAACUCUCAACAAGCUACAAGAUCAGAUUGAGAAGGCAAAGCUACUAGAAAAGCAAAGGGCGGAGGAGAGGGCAGCGGAAGAAAGGGAGAAAGCGGAGAAGGACGCCGCGGAGAGAGAAAGGAAGAGAGUGGAGAAAGACAAGAAGGACAAAGAAGAGAGGGAAAAGAGGGAAAAGGCCGAGAGAGAAAAGAAGGAACAGGCCGCGAAAGCUCAGCAAGAAGCCAAAGCAAAGGCUGCGCGUGAGGCCCAAGAACGAGCUGAACGAGAAGCCAAGAAACGAGCACGCGACGAGGAGGACCAGGAACAGGCCGAGCUGGAACGUGCCGAACGAAAUGCUCGGCUAAAACGUGAGCGUUCUGAAGAUGCGCGGCGUCAAGCCGAACAGAAGCACGCAGCAGAGGCCGCGCGUAAGAAGGAAGAGCAACGCCAAGCUCGAGAGGCAAGCGAAGCAGAGAUGGCAAGCCUGGAGGAAGCAAAGAGGCAGGCUAUGCGACCACCCCCUCCACCUUCCAAACAACUGCUGUCGACACCACCUACUUCCAGGACAAGGGAACUUGUGGUACCCGAUACCGGCAACAGCUAUGUGGAGGAAAGCGAUGUUUACACCGACUCGGAAAAGAUGAGGGAAGUGCUCGAAGAAGAGGUGGUGCGAAUGGCUCAACAGAGGCGAUUAGCCCGAUAUACCCCAGAGCCUCCAGAACCACCCAGAAUCGCAAGGCGACCAGCGUCAACCCUCUCCAAUUCUUUCCAGCAUGCUCCCCAUCAAGUCGAUCAACACCAAGACUUGUUCGACACAGAGGCGAAAUCCAUGUCUGACAAACAGUAUCCGUCCUUUGGCAAGGUGUCCAAACCCACAGCCGCAAGACCGAACCAAACAUCCAGGCCGCGAGCCGAACAGUCAAAUACCACCAACGGGGAAACACCGCCUCCUCCGUAUACUACUGCUCCUCCAACCUUCAUGCAACGAUUACUGAAGUUGAUUCGCCGUUCGACAUGGGGCGUAUGGAAGCUGUUCACAUUCCUUGUACCAGUGCUCCUCAUCGGUCUGAUAGUCUUGACCGCGUCUUCUUAUGGUUCGCCGGAUUCGAAUACCAGCAUCCGAUGGUAUGGCUGGAAGCACUGGAGGAGCAACGUCGGGCAGUUCAUCCCCAGUCAUCCGCAGCUGACGGAUGAUCAGUUUAAUGACUUGAAGGACUUUAUCCUUGAACAAUCGUCUUCUACGGAGAGUGCUGUCAAAAACAUCCAAAGUCUUCUUCCCCGGAUGGUGCACGUUAAACGUGGUCCAAACGGCGAUCUCAUCAUUCAGGACGAUUUCUGGCAUGCUCUUCUGGAUAAGAUGCUCAAGGACAGCUCCGUUCUCACGCUUGACGGCACUGGUGACAUUUCCGAAGAGCAUUGGGACGCACUACGGCCGCGCCUCAUCAAAGCCGGACUUUUCGAGAAGGGCCCAUCGGAUGAGCAUAUCUUGCAGAUUGCCGAAGGCACUGUUUCCAAAUCUUGGGAACGUUGGGUAACCAAGAACGGGGAAAAGGUUGCCCAGGUUGUCAAAAAGCAUCUACCAGGAGACAAAGGCGAUGGGGUCACGCGUGACGCAGCCAUCAGUCGAGAUGAGUUUGUGGGCCUCUUGAAGAAAAGGAUUGCAGAACACAAGGAGGAGAUUGAUGGUCAAUUGGAUUCCGUCAAGAAAGGGCUUGAGACACUCAUCGACACUACGGUCAAGGCGGCCAUCUCCAACUCCGAAGGUAGUCUUUCCAAGUCCGAAAUCACCACCCUGGUCAGGAAUAUUGUCAAGAAGGAGAUUCCUCGGGCGCAACUUGAAGCAGCCGCUAAGGACGGCAUCAUGCGCAACUACCACGACUACGUUGAAACUCAAGUCAACCAUUUCGGCCUGGGCAAUGAAGCUGGUAUCGUCCUGUCGGAAUCAUCCCCCGUAUACCGACUUGACUCGCAAGCACUGCCAGGCAACAAGCACCUAAGCAAACUGCUCGGCAAGCCAAAGCCCAUUUCGAGCAAGGAUCAGGUCACCCUGGAAGCAGAAUACAUGCUGGCGCUUUCUGCCUGGAAUGACGUUGGCCAGUGCUGGUGCGCUGGCAUUACAGCCAGCAGGGGGGCCGAGCUCGCCGUGGAGAUGGCCAACCAUGUCAUUCCCCAAGCCAUCGUCGUUGAGCACGUCCACCCGAACGCGACGAAUGACCCUGGGUCCAUGCCCAAAGACAUUGAGAUUUGGGGAUACUAUCCGGACGCGGACGAUAGCAAGCGACUCCUGGCUUGGAUGGACGAGUUGUACCCUGGCGAGCGCGAAGCUGACAUGAAGAGGGUCGACGCAGACAACAAAAAAUCGCUGUCCCUCAUCAACAGAAAAUACGUCAAGAUCGGCGAGCUGGAGUACGACUAUGCCAAGACCAGCGGUAGCCACGGAAUGUUUGUCCACAAGCUGUCGGAGGAGUUGCUCGAUCUGGAUGCGGCGACGUACAAGGUGUUGGUCAGAGCCAAGACAAACCACGGAGCCCUGGAUCAUACAUGCAUUUACCGGCUGAAACUGUUUGGGGAGGAAUUAGAGUUUGAGGGCGAGGAAUAA